AUGGAACGACAGGAUGACCGAUCGCAAAUGGUUGUUCAAAAGUCAGUUACCCGGUUUGUAGAUGCUGUACGAACCAAAGGAUAUGUGACACCAAUCAUGUAUAGGCAAUUCAAUGAAGAAAUAGCGGCUACCGGAAACGUAUUUGAUAUUGAAAUGGUUCACGAAAACAAGCUUUACAUUCCUGUAUAUCGGGAUCCGGCAAACCCAAGCACGUUUGAAGGCAAAUAUAUCACCGAUUUUAGUAAUUUCUACACGGACGACAUCAUGAAGGUCAUGUUUCCCGAUACAACAGAGCCUGAUCAGAGUGAAACCAGACGAUAUCAUUUGGAAGUUGGCGAUUUCUUCACAGUAACGAUUAAGAACAAAAAUCGAACGCCGGCAACGCAUAUGCAAGAUAUGUUACUGGCCGGAAGCACAGGUGAUAACACCAAAAUUUUUGUACCUUACGGUGGGAUGGUAAUCAAUGAAGACGACGUG